AUGAAAAUACAUUUAUCAUCUGAUGAAGUAAAUUUAUUGGUAUAUAGAUACUUAGUAGAAAACGGAUUUGUUCAUACAUCUUUUUCUUUUUUCAAUGAAGGGAAUAUUUCUAAGAAUCCAUAUUACAUGAGUCAUGGAGAUAAAUUACCUAGCGGUGCCUUAGUUUCUUUCUUACAGAAGGCUUUAAUAUUUAUUUAUAUAGAAUAUCAUACAGAUCAUAAUGAUGGUAAGAAGAUAAGUUGUGAAGAACCUUUUUCUUUUUUUCGAAGACAUGAUUGUUGGAAUAAUGAAUAUAACUGUUUACAUCAACAAGAGAGAAAAAAGAAAAAAGAAAGAGAAGGUGACGAUGAAAAUAUUAAUGAUGAUAUGAAUGACAAAAUGGAUGAUAUGAUGGAUGAUAAAAGGGAUGAUAAAAAGUAUGACCGUAUGAAUGAUGAUAGUGUGAAUAAUCUUACAAAUAAUAAUAUAAAUGAUUAUAAUAAAAAUAUAUUAUUAAAUAAUGACAAUAAUAAUGAAAAUAUGAAUGAUAGUUAUAAUAAUAUCGAACAGGAUGAUAAUAUAUUCAAACGGCAUACAGAACUAUGUGAUGUAAAUGAAACUAAAAAAGAAAAUUUUAAUAACAAUAUUGAUGAUAACCAUCAUAAUAAUAAUAAUGAGAAAUCAUCAUCUAACCAUUUUAAUAUUAUCAAUACAAAUGAUAUAAAUUCUGAUAAUAAAGAAGAAAAUAAAGUUAUAAAAAAUAAAAAUAAUAUUUAUAGAAAUAGCUUUUCAAAUUUCGCUAGUUUUAAUUAUAAUGAUAGUAAUAUGUCAUUUAAAGACAUCAAAAGAAACUAUGCUAGUAUAUUUGCUCAAGUCAAGACUCCAAGAAGAAAUGCUUCAAAUAAUAAAAAGAAAAAAACAAAUAAUAAAAGUAAAGAUGAUACUACAGAGAAUAAACAAAACAUAGACAAUCCAAAUGGUAACAAUAAUAAUAAUAUUGAUAAUAAUAAUAUUGAUAAAAUUGAUAAUAUUGAUAAUAAUUAUUGUGAUGUAAAAAAUGAAGAACAAAAUUUAUCUUCAAAGAAAAGAAAAAAAUGCAGUAACAUAAAAACAUCCAACAUUAAAAGUACAUAUAAUAAAACUACAGAUGGUAGUAAUAAUAAUAAUAAUAAUAAUAAUAAUGUGUCAGAUAUAAAAAAUCUUCAUGUUAAUAAAAAUAAAAACCAACAAGAAAAUUAUAUCAAUGAUCGAAUACAAUUAAAUAAUAAAGAUAAUAAUAAUAAUAUUCAUAUGGAAGGUAAGGAAUCCUUUCAAAAUCGUGAGAAGAAAAAUGUCCAUAUAUCUUUAAAUAAAAAAAAUAAUACAAAUAUAAAUAAUAUAAGUAGUAAUUGUAGUAAUACAACCUAUAGUGGUAGUGCUACUAGUCAUAAAAGAAAAAAAAAGAAAAAAAAGAAAAAGAAGGAACAGGCAAAUGAAGGUAAGAAAAGUAUGAAAGGUAUAAACAAAAAAGAUAAAAAGGAUAAAAAGGAUAAAAAAGAAAAGAAAAAGAGUUCCAAAGAUGAAUUAGAAAAAGAGAAACCAUUUGUAAAAAGUGAGAAUGAUAAAAAUAAAAAGAAGAAUGAAGAGGAAGAGGAGGAGGACGUCGGGGAUUUAAUAGAGAGCCAAAUAUUAUAUAAUGAUGAUAAUAAAAUAAAUAGUGAUGAUAAUAAUAAUAGUAAUAAUAAUAUUUCUGGUGUUAAGAGUAAAGAAGAAAUUAAACCAGAUAUAAUUAAUUCAUAUGAUGAUAUUAAUAAUAAUAGUAGUAGCACACAUGAAAAUAUAAAUGAAGAACGUUUAGAUUUAAAAGAUCAUAGUCGUUCGAUUUCUUAUAUAAGUUCAUUAGAAAAUAGUCCAGAUAAAUUGAGGGGGCAAGAAAAAAAUCAUACAAAUGAAGAAGAAGGUAAUUUAUUAAAUAAAAAAAAUUAUAAUGAUAAUUAUAGUGAUAAUCAUAAUCAUAAUGAUAAUCACAAUCAUGAUGAUAAUCACAAUCAUGAUGAUAAUUAUAAAGAGCUUAAUCUUGAAAGUGCAAAUUGUUGGUUGUCGAAGGUUGCAUCUUAUAUAUUACCUUCAAGCAAUAAGAAUAAUGAAUCGAUUAAAAAGGAUGAAGUGGAUAUAUCUAAAGAGGAAAAAAAUGAUAACAUAAAAAAUAUAAAUAUAAACAAUAAUAAUAAUAAUGAUAAUAAUAAUGAUAAUAAUGGGAGUGAUGUGAAGGAUAACUUUAAUUUGAAUGUCUCAAAAACAUUGAAUAACAAAAUAAAUUCCAAUUCAUUUGAAAAUUCCAUAUAUAAUUUACAUAAAAACAAAUCAGAUAGUAUACAUGAUAGAAAGAUAAUUGAGAAUGAUAAGGAGGAUCAAAAAGAUCAAUAUAAUUAUGAUAAUUUGAAAGAAGAAAAACUAGUUGAUUGUUAUAUAAAUAGUAAUAUUGAGGAUGAGCAAAUGUUAAAAGAAAGAGAAAGAAAAGAUAGUGAUGUAACUAGUUUUAAUAAUGAAAGUUAUAUUAGUAAUAAUACAUAUGAACCCUUUAAAAGUGAUUAUACUGAUGAAAAAAAUUUUGAUAAAUGUUUUAAAUAUAAUAAAGAUGAUAUAGACAAUAUUAGGAAUAAAGAUCUUAAUUCUUUUCGUAAGGAUAUCGAAUUUUUUACAAGAAAAAAUACUUCAUAUAGUCACAAUAAUUUAGAAGAUAGUUGUUAUGAAUAUAAUGAAAAGGAAAAGUCUAUAUUUAUGAACAGCUCUAAAGAAAAAAAAAAUGAUAAUAAAUUUAAUAAUGAUGAUAAUGAUACGUUGUUAGUAUCUAAAAAAAAAACAUUAUUUUAA